UUGUAAUACCUGUAAAAAUUGCAAUUGAAUCAAUUAAUCUAAUCUAAUUAUCUCUCUCUCUCUCUCUCCCAUCCCUCCCAUGGUUUGAAUUCCCGAUAAUCAAUCAAUGAGCAAAUGAUAAUUGUUGUAGUAAUAAUAAUGAUCAGAAAUAAACAAACAAUCAAAAUACAACAGCAACUAAAAUCUAAAACCUAAAAGUCCAACUAUUAAUUGUAAUUAGUGUAUUGAUUUUUAUUUCCAUUUGGUAAACAUUGGUAACAAUUAAGUAUAAUAAUAAUAAUAAUAAUAAUACCAAACGGAUUAACGGAUCACUUGAUCACAAGCAAUUUAAUCAAUUGAUCCUGAUCAACCAAUGGAAAGUUAAUCAAUGUGUUUAAUAUGUGAUUCAGUUAAACUUUUUUUCAUGUUAAUUUUUGUCGUACGUUAUUGAUUGUAUUUAAUUGUUACCAAUUUGUGUGGAUUGUUUAUUUCCGUUAACAGCAUUUUAAAAAUUAACAAUUUAAACUAAUUGUUGAUUUAAAUUUGAGUAAAACAAAAAUCAAACAAAAGGGUUGAACAAUAAUCUUAAUUGUUUCCCUUUCAUAAAGAUUAUGGAAACUUUUUUCACUCAACCUUAGGAACUGAACAUUGAUUCCUAAAUGAACUCGGACGGUCUCUUGGCCGAUCUUGAUCUUUACUCAUCCUCAUCUUCAUCUCCAUCCUCAUCUUUAUCAUCAUCAUCAUCAACACCAUUCAAAUGUUUAGAUUUCCUUGCUACCGGGAGUCCAGAGGAUUGGCUUCACAAUACAACGAUAAUCUCUUACCAAAGCCAGCAAACUGUUUGGGUUCACAAAACGUAUCUAGAGAUGAGCCUGAAGGCAUUGAUUUUCUUAAUCAUAAUCGGCGUCUCUUGCAUUGGUAAUUAUCUAAUUGUCAUGGUUAUAAUUAAGUUCAAAAAUUCUCGAAAUUGUACCAACCUGUUUAUCUGUAACAUGGCAAUUGCUGACCUGUUGACCACUCUAAUGUUUGCAUGGGCCUCGUUGAUUGAAAAUCUUUAUCAAAAUUAUGUUCUUGGUCCAAUUUUCUGUAAAAUUGAAACCUCAGCUAAAGUAUUAUUUUUAAUUUCCAGUGUUUUCUCAUUAACAUGGAUUUCGUGUGAUCGUCUAAUCGGAUAAUCAAACCUUUAGAAACCCGAUGAAAAAACUCGAGCCGUUGCCGUUAUGGCCUUUAUUUGGCUUUUAUCCUUCGUUAUCGGAUUCCCUUUAUUUUGGCGUGAAUAUCGUACCCGUCAAUGGUGUGACUACUUAGAGAUUUGGUGUAAAACCGAUGGUCGGAAAAUUGAUGUUUACAUGUUUGUCCUUUUAGCGUUUAUGGUUUAUAUACCGCUCUUCAUAAUGACCUUUUCUUAUUGCCUGGUUAUCGCUAAGAUGAAAAACUUUGAGAAUAAAAUAAGCACCGAUGAGAAUAGUAUCAAAAUUAAACACCGACGGAAAGUGAUCUUAAUGUUAUUCAUCUAUCUAAUCACUUCGGCCAUUUGUUGGAGUCCAUUACAAGUUAUCGUUUUUUACCGUUUCAUUGCAUUCAAAUCAGUCGAUUCGGUUAAACCCUGGAACGAGGAGGCUAAAUUUUGGGCUCAAGUUUUCGCAUCGGCUAAUUCAGCUCUUAAUCCAUUAAUCUAUGGGAUAACUAAUGGUUCAUUUCGUAAAGCCAUUUGUUUACUUUAUCCAAAACUUUCCUGGUUCUUAAGAUUGGACAGUUCAUCUUCACGAUCUCGUCGAGUGACCAAUGGUCAUAAUGGAAACGUUGGAGGAGCCAAUGGACAAACUCGUGACCGAGAUCUCGUUAAAUCAACAUUUACCAUGUCUAAUUGUGGUAAAAAAAAGACUGAACAUCAUGAUCAUAUUAAUCAUCUUAAUCAUCAACUUCAACCAUCAACAAUUAAAACAAUCAGCGGACGAUCAAUUCAAAUGGUUGAUAUUAAUGUAACCGGAUUCAGAGCGUUGAGAGCAAAAACAAAUCAUCAUCAAAUCUAAUCAUUUAUUUAACAAUUAACAGAGAGAAAAAACAAUUAAUUCUGAAAUUUCAUUGAGAAAAUACCCAAUCAAUUAAACUAAUAUAAUUUAAUUAACUAUUAAA